AUGCCUCCUCUUUCCGCCGGCUCGAUCGCCGAUGAACCGCCGCAUAAAAAACUGGUAGUACCGGCGCCGUAUUCUCUUUCACAACUCCCAUCGGAAAUCGUUGUCAGUUGCUUAGCACGCGUGCCUAGAUGCUACUUCCCGUCGAUCUCGCUCGUCUCCACGAUCUUCAGGCGUCUCAUCGCUUCGCCGCAGAUCUACGUCGAACGGUCAGUAAUUCGCCGAACUGAACAAGUCCUUUACGUAGUGCUUAGAUCUCACGCCGCAGAAACCCCUCGAUGGUACACUCUCAAUCUCAAGCCCUUCGGAAAUGACUCCGAAUCGACGGGAAUCACCCAUAAAUUGGUUCCGAUCCCGUCGUUCCCUUCGAUUCCUUGCUGGGGAAUGUCAAUCGUCGCCGCCGGUUCUGAGAUAUACGUAAUCGGCGGAUGCAUCAAUAACAAUUUGGUCUCCACUGUGUUUGUCAUCCAAUGCCCAUCUCACACCUCUCGCUUCCUCCCUAGCAUGAAGCAGGCACGUGGCUGCGCCGCCGCGGGAAUCGUCGACGGGAAAUUGUAUGUGAUCGGUGGUUGCAAUCCGCUGUCGUUGAAUUGGGUCGAAGCUUUUGACCUCAGGACUCAAACCUGGGAGACGGUGACGGGUAUGUAUAAUGUGGAGGUGCACGAGAAAACCAUCAGAAGCUUUGUGAUAAACGAUGAGAUUUACAUAAUGGAUCGGAAGAACAGCUUUGUGUACGAUCCUAAGGAAGGUAGAUUGGAGAGUGACAAUAUGCUGGACAGUAAAUGGAGUGUGGGAUCUUGUGUUAUCGAUAGCAAGGUGUACACUUUUGGCAGCAAGAACAAGAUAUGGGUGUUUGAUCCGGUGGCGAGGGAUUGGAGUCGCGUGAAUGGUCUCGAAGAGCUUCCUAAUAAGCGUGAUGGUUCUAGAAUGGCGAACCAUGGUGGGAAGCUUGCAAUUUUGUUCAGCCUUAGAAAGGGUUCGACGGAAAUUUGGUGUACAGAGAUCGGAUUGGAGAUGAGAGAAGGAGGAGAGAUUUGGGGGACGAUCUUGUGGUCUAGUCUUGUGGUUGAUUUGAAUGCUCCUUCCACCAUUGUGCAAUCUCUAGCUGUAACGAUUUGA